AGAUUUGAGUAAAAUAUUCGCCGAAAUGCAGCAGAAUACAAAAAUGAAGGCACAAUUCUGACACAAUUCUAAAUCUAAUCCUCACAUCUUGGACACAGCCCGUGGGCAGAACUGAAGGAAGUCACAAAGGAAGUUAAAGCUUAAAGCUAAGCUGGCUUCACAAUGAGGAGAGUUAGAGGGAAAGUGAAACUGUUAUAUGUCCUUUUACGCGUCUCUGAGCUGUGAAUUCACCAAAGCUCUCAGCUCAAGUCUGCACGAGUGGAACAGCCCUGUACAGCUAGACUCUCCUGCAUCUGACCCAGGACUCAACGUCAAACACUUUUGUGCUUGAAACUUGAAAAUAUGCAAGAAGAGGAACAUAACACAAGGAAGGACCUGGAGGAGCGGCUGUCCUGUUAUGUCCUGGACACAUUUUCUUACAUAGAGGCGGCAAAAGACUUUGUGAAUGGACUCACCAACUGGAUACUGAUGAGAGAGACAGAGUUACACCUCCUGCUCGACAUACAAGAUAGAGCAGCCAGUGUCAAGCAGACGAAGCAGCUGCAGGAGGAGCUGAGUGCCUCUCUGAAGACCUCCCUGAUGGGGCUGCAGACUCUGGACUUGUUCCUGGAUGCUGUGGAGAGACUGGCCGUCACUUCUGUGCAGGUGUUUCAGGAGGAGAACCCAGUGCUACUGCUGCCUGAAGGGGGUGAUCUGGGCACAGUGCAGGACAUCAUCACUGCUGCUAAGAACAUCUGCCCCCUGCUGGUGGAGUUCAAACGAGACAACAAAGAAUUCUUCAGCCCCAAACUGCAGAAUGUGGAGGUUCUGGCCUAUCAGCUGGGCCAGUACAUCCAGGCUGUGCAGAGGAUCUGCGCCACCAUCAAGAAAGGGCCUUUGAGCGACUUCAGCUUUUUCAGUCCUGUGGUGAACAUCGAUGAAGAAAUCUCAGAAGACAAUGUUCAAGAGAUGCUGGACAUCAUUACUCUGCUUCAGGAACUCAGGCAGGAUGAGGCCUUCAGGAUGGUGUUCCUGUUCCAAGAGGAGUACUGCAGCAGCUUCAUGCAGCACUUCAGUGAGUCUGAGCCCAGAAUGCAGCAGUUUCUGAAGGAGCUGGAGGAGACUGCUGUUCAGUUGGACCGCAUGAACAUGGGCGCACGUAUCUCCAGUGUGACGGGCAGCUCUGUCGGGGCUGUGGGAGGGAUACUGUCCAUCAUUGGGCUGGCUCUGAUCCCUGUGACCGCAGGAGCCUCUUUGGCCCUCACCUUGACCGGGGUGGGACUAGGCGUCACCAGCGGAGUCAACAGUGCAGUCACCACGGCAACCGAGGUUGGGGUCAACCACACCCAGCAGAAGAGGGCCAGCGAGACCUUUCAGAAAUUCAUGGAGGAUGUGUCCAACGUCCAGGACUGUCUCCUGGAAGUGAUACAACAAACAGUAGAUGGGCCAAUAAUUCAUCCAACUACUGGAGUCGCCAUGUGCGCAGGUGUGGCCUCCGCAGCUACUAAAGCUGCUGCUGCGGCUCUACGUAACACCCCACGAGUGGCUGCUGAGCUGCCAGACGUGGGGCAGGCUGUGGCCCAAGUACCCCUGGCCCUGUCCCGUGGAGCCAGAGGAGGCUUCAUUGCUCUCAAUGCUCUCUUUCUGGGAAUGGAUGUUUUCUUCAUCGUCAAAGACAGCAUGAGUUUGGCCCGAGGCAGUGAGACGAAGGCGUCCAAGUUCAUCCGCGCCCGAUCCGCUCUGUGGCGCUCAGAGAUGACAUCAUGGCAGAAGAUCCACAAGCUCCUGGAGAACGGGAAACCGUCCUUCAAGAGAAAACAAGCCAUUCUUAUGUCUGAGUUUUACCUCGAGGAGGAAAUCCAAAGAGAGGGGCAGAUCAUAUCGGAGACAGAGACUGAGGACAAUGAGGCUCUGUCUGAAGCAGUGGGCGACCAACAGACAGAGCAGCGCUGUGUGGUACAAUAGCACUUUGUUUCACAUGGACUAUAGGCUUAAUAUGCUAAAACCAUAGAGACAGACGAGAGACUGAUUUUAACUUUGCAUUUUCAUUUAAAAAAAAAUACAUGUGAUAAAAAAAGACUCCAAUAAAUUAAUGUUAGAAUCACAUGCACGAUGUAAUGAUGUAUGUUUGCAGGGAACAGUGCCUUCUUAUUCAUUCAAAAUUUUUGUUUAGUUAAAGAAGUAAUUGUUUGACUUUUUUGUAUUUUGCAUAAUCUUUGGUUCAACAUUGCAUUAUUAUGUAAAAUGUUUCAAGAUUUUGGAUUCCCCAAAUACGUGGUGGUCAAAGCCUACUGUACACACAGUAAGUUAUUACAUAAUUACAGCAGUACAAAAGCAUAUUUUAUUUAGAAACAUGAGAAAAACUUUAGGAGCUCGUUUUAAAGUUUCCUCUUGUUUAGAACUACAUGAAUUUAACUGUGUUCAUUGUUAAGACUUCCUGUUUUGAUGUCUAUGGUUCUGACCUGUAUACUUAUAUAUUGGCUCUUACAGAUACACAAUACAGAUUGAUCUGUUUUCACUUUAAAAAUGUUAUUGUUGUUCUAGCUUCUGAAAAAAGAAGUCCCCUACAGCAUUCUCUGGUUGUUACUAAGUUGGAUUGACUCACUUAGGGUUGAUUGCUUAUGCCUUGGCAUUUUGCAUCUUUGCUGCAAAUCUGAGGGCUUGAACAUGUAUGUGUUGAAAAUGUAAAACGUUUUCUUUUGUUUCAUUUUUAAACAUUUUGAAUAUGUAUACUUUUCAGCAAUUAAAAUGCAGAAUGAAAAUAACAUGUUAGCAGUUAAUACCCCAUUGAAUUGUAUCACCCCUUCUUUAAGGAAGGUACAAUUUAGAGCAGGGGUGGGCAACCUGCGGCUCCUCUUUGUAGUGGAUUCCUUUGCCCUUGACAAAAAUAAAUAAAUUGAAUAACAGU